AUGGAUCUCACCUUGCUAUGGCAGGAUCGGCAACGUUCCCCUCGAGUGGUGAGCCUGGCAGAGUACAAAGAUGAAGACCAUGUGGGCUACGACAUUGCCGGAGAGAAAGUGAUGAGGACGCUGUCGACCGGUGAAAUUGAUGCCCUCUUGGAGAGCAAGGACAAUCCAGAUGCGUGGCGCACCGUCAAGGACCACAAGAAUCAGAGAGAGGUCGUCCUGACCGAUACAGACCUGGAGAUCAUUCGGCGGAUACGUUCAAGGAUGUACCCGAGCGCAGCCACGGACACGACUGAAAUGGUUGAGUUUGACAACCCAGAGGCCAGAAUACAUCCAGAGCGAAAAGCACAUCCACCCAAAGCCAGAUUCCUUCCGUCGAAAUGGGAGCGCAUGAAGGUGAAGAGGCUUGUCGCGCUGCUCCGUGAGGGCAAGAUCAGGCCUCCGCCGCCUCCAGCCCCCGAAGUCUUCGACCUUUGGGCGGACGAGCCGGAGACGCGCCGGCGUCGCGCGCCGCCGCCUUUGCCAGCUCCGAAGAUGGCUUUGCCCGGCCACGCGGAGUCCUACAACCCGCCGCCGGAAUACCUCUUUACGGAGGAAGAGAAGAAGGAAUGGGAAGAGACAUUCGAAGAGGAGAGAGCGAUCACGCAUCUGCCUCAAAAGUACGAUGCGCUUCGCCGUGUCCCGGGCUACAAGGACUUCAUCGUGGAACGAGAGUCUGCUGCCGAAGCUCCCGAGCCCGAAGGUCCGGCAGUCAGGCUUUAA